AUGAGUUCUCAACCCAUCGCUCUGGACAAUUGCCAUAAAUUGUUUGUGGAGCGAGAUUAUUCAGCCGGACUUGAUGUACGAUUCCAAAGGAGUUUUCCGCAAAACUUGGAAGGAAUAGUAAGUUAUUUUAGCAUUUAUUUGUUAUACUUUUAGAUCGAUGAAAACAGCUGGUACUAUUUGAUCGAUAACAUCAAUUCAAUGUUUAAACGGGCUGAAGCAGUAAGUUUUAAGCUUAAAUUUAUUGUUUUUUAGUUUUAUAUUGACCUAAAGGGACGUUUUAGUUGAGUUAGAACAUUGAUUAUAUCAAAACUUCGAUUGUGCUUUUGUCUAUCGGUUUAGGUAACGGUGUAGUGAAAACUUGCAUUAAAUCUUUGUUUUUAAUACUAUAUUCUUUUUUGGGUUUUACAGGAAGUAAUUAAUUAGUGUAUAUUACUAAACUAAGGAGCAACACUUCAGUUUAUUUUAAAAAAAGCUAUGACAAGAAAUAAAUUAUAAUUAUUUCAGGUAAACAUGGGUUCAAUAGGCGAGACAUUGGUCAGUUUCUUCACCUGCUACCUGAUUCGUUUGUGUACGACGACAAGAUACGAAAAGCAAUUAAUGAUGAUCCGAAAGUUUAUUGAUGAACAGAACAAAAACGUCUUUCUACCGGUCGGUUUAUGUGUGACAGAUCCAAUCGAGCGUGGUCUUCGAGUGCUCGAAAUUACAGUAUUAUCGUCAGGUGGGGCCGUGCAGUCGACCAGUCGCGAUCCCCUUUUAAAUCACCAUCGUUAA